AUGCAGCGAUCGGUUCAAGCUUUUUCGGUGCAUGGAAACACCGUGAAAAAUGCGGUCUUGCAUUGCAUUCGGGUUGUCAAUCAGGUUAUGCGACCCGUUAUGUUUUCCAGAUGUUUUGAAAGCCAAAGACGUUUUGAAAGCACAACUAUUUCCGACGUUUUGAAAGCCAAAGGUAAAGCUGCAGAUGACUCCUGGCUUUGGUGCACUACAGAUGACACUGUUUACGAUGCCGUGAAGUCGAUGACUCAACAAAAUGUUGGUUCCCUGGUGGUGGUAAAACCUGGAGAGCAUAAAUCAAUUGUCGGUAUCAUCACAGAGCGAGGGCGCUCAUCAAAUUCUUUCUGCUCUGCUAAGACUAUAAAACAUCAUGACUGGAGGUAUUGGGUUUUUCAAGUACGGCGAGAGCAUGGUCACCAGCAACAAAGGGCAUGGGCACUAGCAUGGGAUGCACCUGCUGUUAAGGCAGAUAAGGACUGUUGUUGCUUGCGUGGUAAGGAGGGGAAGAUAUUUGGUGUGCUUCUCAGUUGUUGGGGUUGCUCAUGA